CAGGGUUUUAGAAGUUUUCUUCCUCCCAUACACGGUCCUCCUCUUCAGAUGAGCAUUUCCCCUUUUGGCCGUCGCACACUCUGAGAACUUCUCCCCCACACCAUUCAGGUGAGAAAUACAUAGUGGAAAUCCUUCGCUUGAAGUGCUACCAAAAUGGCAUUGAGGCUGGCAAUGCUAAAACAUGCUGAGGUGAGCUUUAGUCCUAUCUUGGGGCUCAGGAGAUGGGCCCACUCUAUUGCACUUCCAAUGCCAUUGGAUGGUCCUGUUGGUCAACCAACAACACCCAAACCUUUUGUUUUUCCAGAGAUAGAUGCAAGGCCUGAUAAGAAUAAGAACACUAACAAUGUUAAUGGGAUUGGAUUCCCAAGUUUCUCUGUUAGUGGAUCUAUGGAGCUAAUGACUGAACCCAAGAGGAAGACAACUCCACAUAAGAGAGGAAUACGAAAUGGACCAAAGGCUUUGAAACCUGUCCCAGUGAUUAUUCGAUGCAAGAGUUGUGGUAGGGUUAAGUUGCCUCACUUCUAUUGUUGCAGUGGAAAUAGGGGAGCUACAGGUGAACGAAGUAGUGGUUCAUCUAGUUGAUCGGGUUUUCAAUAUGCUGGUGCAGUCAGAUUAGUAGAUAGGUUUCCAUUUAUAUGUUUGUGUAACGCAGUUGGAUAUCCAGAUUGGAAGUUUGUUUUAGAAAUCCCAUAUGGGGCUUGUGCUUCUUUUUCUUUCUCCUUAAAUAAUCAUAAAGAUAAAUAAGUGGGUUUAAAAUUUUGGAUUUUUUUUUUUUUUUAAAUCUUAAGUUGCACAAUUAAAAGUAAUUCUUCUCA